AUGGCGAACGCGGAGGAUGCGCCCACGGCCGUGGCGGCGGGUUCUUGCAGGUGGCCGUCCGCGCUGCGCUGGAUCCCCACCUCCGCCGACGGCAUCGUCGCCGCCGAGAAGCGCCUCCUCUCCCUAGUCAAAACUGGAUAUGUCCAAGAGAAAGUUAACAUUGGCUUUGCUCCACCCGGGUCAAAAGCAAGAUGGUUUAGAUCAAGUGAAGAGCCAAGGUUCAUCAACACAGUGACAUUUGGUAGCAGCAAGGAGAAUGCUCCCACCCUUGUCAUGGUUCAUGGUUAUGGUGCUUCACACGGGCUCUUCUUUCGAAACUACGAUGCCCUCGCAAGCCGUUUCCGGGUCAUUGCCAUUGAUCAACUCGGUUGGGGUGGAUCAAGCAGACCUGACUUCAUUUGUAAAAGUACCGAAGAAACGGAUGCUUGGUUCAUAGACUCUUUUGAAGAAUGGCGCAAAGCAAAGAACCUCAACAAUUUUAUAUUGCUUGGACAUUCUUUGGGAGGAUAUGUUGCUGCAAAGUAUGCCUUACAGCACCCUGAACACGUGCAACACUUGAUUUUGGUUGGCCCUGCUGGCUUUUCACCAGAAGCAGAUGAUAGCGCCGAGCGAUUAGCCAAGCUUAGAGGAACAUGGAAAGGCAUGCUAGUAAACCAUCUUUGGGAGUCCAAUUUUACUCCUUCGAAAAUUUUGAGAGGAUUGGGUCCUUGGGGCCCAUAUUUUGUUCGAAGAUAUACCACAAGUAGGUUAGGAUCAUAUUCAACUGGUGAAUUACUAGGAAAACAUGAAUCUAUCUUGCUGACAGAUUAUAUUUACCACACUUUAGUUGCCAAAGCCAGUGGAGAGUUGUGCUUAAAUUAUACUUUUUCUUUGGGGGCAUUUGCAAGAAAACCUCUUCUGCAAAGCGCAUCCGAUUGGAAAGUGUCGACUACUUUCAUAUAUGGCCAAGAUGAUUGGAUGAAUUACCAAGGGGCGCAACAAGCACGCAAGGAUAUGACAGUUCCUUGUGAAAUCAUUAGAGUCCCACAUGGAGGUCAUCUUGAGUUCAUAGAAAACCCGUCGGGGUUCAACUCGGCGGUCCUGUACGCAUGCCGAAAUUUCUUAUCUGAGGAUGUAGGGGAUGACUUGUCUCGUCCUAAUGGCUUGAUAUAUGCAUAGAGUGCCAUCACAUGCGGUCUCAUGUUGGUAUAUGAUAAUAUGAACAUGAAGCAAAAUCGAUACGUCGAUAGUAUCAAUAUU